CCUCCUCCUCCUGGUCUCUCUGCAGUGCUGGGUCCAGCCAACCCUGCUCCCAUCAUCCUGCAGCCGGCUCACCUGACCGGUCAGGUGAACUCUCUGCCAGUUCUCUGGCUCGUUAAUGGGCAGCUAGUGGUCCCUCCUGGAUACCUGAUGCCGGUGCACCACCCCCGCCCCGCUGCAACCACCCAGAGCGCCUGCUGCUCACAGAAGAGGAAGCGAGAUGACGACAGCGAGCCGCCAUACGUGAAGAAGCCACCCAACGCCUUCAUGCUCUUUCUGAAGGAGCAGAGGGCGAGUGUGGUGGCUGAGCUUGGCCACACCGGGAGCGCGGCGGUGAACACCAUCUUGGGGGAGAGAUGGAAGUCCUUGUCCACCGAGCAGCAGGCCAAGUACUACCAGGAGGCCGACGCAGCGAGGCGCCGCCAUGAGCAGCAGCACCCCCAGUGGUCCAGCAGCGACAACUACGGCCAGAAGAGGAAGAGGAGGCGCCAGGGGAGCACAGCUCCUAGCAGCUCUGGAGCUUCCUCUUCUCAGCCUGAGGGAGGGUCUGCAGCACCUGCCUCUGAUGUCUGAGGCAGACGAGUGGCCGUGGUCCCAGAACGUAGACCAGAAGUUCUGGGACCAACAGACUGAAAUCCUCCUCAGAGCCACUUCAUCCAUUUUUUAUUUAAAUUUCUGAUUAACUUUUGUAUAUAGUUCUGUUUAUAGUUCCGUGUAAAUAGUUCCAUUUAAGGUUUAAUGUUUGUUUUUCUCUUGUUUUUGUUGCUCUACAGUGUUGACCAUCCAACUGUAGAACAUCCACCUUACAGCUCCACCUGCAGCCAAUAACAUCGGCUUGUUUUAGGUAUCUGCC